AUGUACGUCCAAACCACUCAAAUUGGAGCCGUUUGCGUAGUGUUUGCUGUACUAUUCGCUUUGUUGUUCAUUAGUAUGAUAAUAUGGCUUCGAUUAAAACAACACAAGGCACAGCGAAUUCAAACGACUACUCUUCGACCGCCGAAGAGAGCAUUCAGAUGGAGAGACGACAGCGAUGCUCAUCCAGUCAUGGACAUGAUCUAA